GUUUUUGCCCCUAAGCUGCGGAAGCAGGCUGGAUGAUUCUAAACAGCAACAGCGGACGACCCUGAAGCAGGCGACGCUUCAGAGCUGCGGUCUAAUCCAGUCUACCGGGGGCCAGGAGAGAUGGGGGACGGAACCGGGACCAGAGUCUUUAAGAAGUCCAGUCCUAAUAGCAAGCUCACAGUUUAUCUAGGCAAGAGAGAUUUUGUUGAUCACUUAGACCACGUCGAUCCAGUGGAUGGAGUGAUCAUUAUAGAUCCAGAGUAUCUGAAAGAUCGAAAAGUGUUUGUGACUCUGACUUGCGCAUUUCGUUAUGGUCGGGAGGACCUUGAUGUCCUCGGCCUUUCCUUUCGGAAGGAUCUACAUGUCAGUACCAUUCAGGCCUUCCCUCCCCUGCAAGAGGAAAAGAAGCCUCUGAGCCGCUUGCAAGAGAGACUGUUGAAGAAGCUGGGUCAGCAUGCCUACCCCUUCAACUUCACUAUCCCUCAGAACUUGCCCUGCUCGGUGACCCUGCAGCCCGGCCCAGAGGACACUGGGAAAGCGUGUGGUGUGGACUACGAGCUUCAAGCCUUCUGUGCAAAGAAUGUGGAGGAGAAGAUACACCAAAGGAACUCAGUGCAUCUGGUGAUUAGGAAGGUUCAGUUUGCCCCAGAGAAGCCAGGUCCACAGCCAAUGGUGGAGACCAGUCGCAGCUUUCUGAUGUCUGAUAGAGCUCUACACCUAGAGGCCUCAUUGGAUAAGGAGCUGUAUUAUCAUGGUGAGCCCAUCAGCGUCAAUGUCCGUGUUACCAACAACUCCACCAAGACUGUCAAGCGAGCAAAGAUAUCUGUCCGUCAGUAUGCUGAUAUCUGUCUGUUCUCCAUGGCUCAGUAUAAGUGCUCCGUUGCCCAGGUCGAAACAGAUCAUCAGGUUUCUCCAAGCUCUACUUCCUGCCAGGUCUACGUGCUGACCCCCAUGCUGGGUACCAACAGGGAAAAGAGAGGCCUGGCGCUGGAUGGAAAGCUAAAGCAUGAAGACACCAACUUGGCCUCCAGCACCAUAGUAAAAGAAGGAUGCAACAAGGAGAUGAUGGGGAUCUUGGUUUCCUAUAGAGUUAAAGUGAAACUGGUGGUGUCUCGUGGAGGGGAUGUGUCAGUGGAGCUUCCGUUUGUCUUGAUGCAUCCCAAACCUGCAGAACACCCCAGGUCCCAGCCCCAGUCAGUUGCUCCAGAGAGUCAGCCUCUCGUGGAUACAAACCUCAUCGAGUUUGACACGAAUACUUCCUCUCAGGUUGAUGACUUUGUGUUUGAAGAUUUUGCGCGCCUGCGGUUAACAGGGUUGAACGAUGACAAGGAUGAAGACAGUCCCUUCUUUUAGCAGAGUUAAAGGAUGCUUUUAUCCCAGAACCCAAGAAGAAAAAGUAAAAAAUAGGGAAGAUGUGGAGCAGACUGCCAGAACUCUGAGGACAGUCUGUAUUCUUGCUUUAAUUGUACCAUUUAUGCUGUCUGGACAACUCCAUGUGUCUUUUGUUAAAGGAACAGUUCAACAAAAUUAAGAAAUCUGAUGUUUGCUGUUGGAAUCAUACUGUUUAUAUGUUAGUAUAUAAACAGGUAUUAUCAGUGUUAUACAUGCUGCUGUGAUUCAGGAUAAGUAAUUGAAUCAGGGAAGUCUUUAGAAUAAAAACAAAAGUGAUGUUUUUAUACUGAUGGUAGGUGAGCUGUUGUCUUCAGGUAUCACUAAAGCUGUAAAGAGCAAUAACAGGAACGUUGGACUGUUACCACUUACUAUUAAUUUGUACUUAACCUCAUUAUGAUGAACUCAAAUACGUUUUAUAUCAGAACAAAAACAGGAAUGAUUUUAUUUUUGUAGUUCUUUUUUCAUACCAGCAAAUGCCAUUCCACAGACAAACAUGCCUCCAGUUUUGAAGCGUGGUGUCGGUGGACAUUGCUCCACAAAUAUCAAACCAGCAGUUUAGAGGUACCAGUAUUUAAGAGGUUGAAUGAAUCUGAUAAAGGGGAUGUGAUGUUUUCACAAGAAUCCCUAAAUUUUGGUUGGAUUGAAGAAUUGUGAUCGAGGUAUGUAGUGAACAGGACAUUUUACACAUUCAAAAUAAACUUGUCAGUGCUCUCUAGUAAAUAAACGGUGUAAAGGAGAUACUGUUUCUAAAUGAUCUCCAUCAUGUAGUUGACAUUUAAUUUCUUAUAACUAACAGUCAUAAUAUUAACCUGCCAAUUUAUCAUUGGAGCUACAAUAUUCUAAUCCUUUUGCUCCAUGAUUAUUAGGUCUAUACUGCAUCAUCAACACAAACCUUAGAUCCACUAGAUUUCAUAACACUAUUUUUGUCUUGUUCCCCACAUGCUAUUUUCACAAUGAAAGAGAUAAAAACUUAUAUCUUACUGUGUCUCAGCUUAACACCCAUAUUUACUGUCCUUGUUUGUUCAUGUCUCACCACACUUAUAUUUUUGUAACCAUGCAGAAUGUUUUUGUUUCUACUUUGCUAUAAGGAAAUACUUCCUAUGUGUAGGUGUUAGCUAUGGCACCUAGUUACUGUAAUCAAGAUUUAAAGUACAAUGUACAAAUAAGCAACAACAUAAUUAAAAAUUGCCUUAAUUUUGCUGUAUACCACACUUUCUUUUGUAUCUGCAAAUAAAGUUUUCCAUUUGUCAAAUGGAAGGUGAUGUA